AUGGAGAAACAAUUCCUCCCCCCGCGCACCUCAACCCUGCCCUUCUGGCUCACAGACCGCUCCCCCCUGGACCAAACACGCUCUACCCCAGAUCUCCCCAGUGACUCCGACAUUGUCAUAAUCGGCGCUGGAUACGCGGGUAUAAGUCUAGCAUACCACUUACUCAAAUCUGCCUCAGAGGCAGGCUCACAAGAUGUGCCAUCCAUAACAAUCCUCGAAGCAAGAACAAUAUGUUCCGGCGCAACGGGGCGGAACGGCGGCCAUGUAAGACCAGAUACCUACAGCCUCAUCCCGCUCUACAUUCGGCGUCACGGCCUGGCCGCCGCCGCAGAAGUCGCUGAAUUCGAGCUCUCGCACAUCAAAGCUAUACAGGACGUAAUCCGCAGCGAGAAAAUCGAGGAUUGCGACUUCCUGCUUACCCGGAAUAUGAAUGUAUACCUUGACCAGAACCGAGGCAACGAAACCAAGCGCGCGAUUGAGGAGCUGCGAGACCAGGGUUGCAGCUUUGUAGAUGAUAUUUUUGUUGUAUCUGACAAAGACGCCGAGGCUAUUUCGGGAGUGAAAGGCGCAAAAACGGCCUUCUCGUUUACAGCAGGCUCAAUAUGGCCGUACAAAUUCAUCAUGGGGCUACUACGUGCUAUUUUGAAGAUUGGAGAAGAGAGGGUUAAUAUCCAGACUACUACACCCGUUACAUCCGUCUCUCAAUCAGCGGAUGGUGUAAACAUCGUUACCACUCCUCGCGGCGAUAUACGUGCCAAGAAGGUGAUACAUACAACGAAUGCAUACACCUUCGGCCUCCUCCCCGAAUACGCACCGGCCAUCAUCCCCGCCAAGGGAAUCGUAGCACACAUUUCUGUUCCAGACGGGCAAAAGCCGCCUCUCCUAUCACAAACAUAUAUCCUCCGUCCCGACGCGGGCGAUGGUGCAGAUUACAUGAUCGUGCGACCAGAUGGCAGCAUUAUAAUUGGCGGCGCUCACCAAAUCCAUACGUUUCCCGAAAAGGGAGCGCAGGGAAAUACAGAGUGGUUUGGGAAUAUUGAUGACGCGAGCCUUAUCGAGUCAACUGAAGACUAUUGGGAUGGGUAUAUGCAGAGGUAUUUUGCUGGGUGGGAGGAUACAGGUGCAAAAGUGGAGGAGUUGUGGACUGGCAUAAUGGGCUACUCAUCCGACUCAGCACCACACAUCGGUCCCAUCCCUUCUCGAGAUAAUCAAUUCAUCGCGGCAGGCUUCAACGGGCACGGUAUGCCCGUAAUCUUCCUCUCGACAAAGGGACUGGCAGACAUGAUCCUCCACAACGCGCCAUUUGAGCAGUCGGGAAUACCACGAAUAUUCAAGACCAGCUCUGACCGACUGGAGACGGCACGCACGGGGAAGGAAGGGGGCGACAUCCUGCACACCCAAGAAUAG